CACGAGUUUUUGAGAAUGAAGAAUCAGUUGGUCGUGAAGUGCGGUGCGUUUCGGAUGCUGGAGUGGCCGUGUCGGCAGAUCCCGGUUGAUUGGGAUUUAGAUUUGGACCUCAAUCUGGAGUUGACACCAACAGUCGUCCAGCGCCCUAGAACAAAACUACAGCGGUACCUUUCCGAGGGCCACCAGCACCAUCACCAUGACAUGGUGCAGACAUCAUCAUCCACUGUACCGAGAAAAUCGGCUACCAUGACCUUUCACAGGUCAGUUUCACAUUCUCCAAACCAACCUCAUCGCCCGUUAGCUGAUCAGCAGGGACAUCAUAACAGUUUGGUGUUAGAAUCAUCGGCCAACUUGCCGCAAGAAUCUUCCAACAUGACCUUUGACAGGUCAGUGUCUAAUCAGCCAGCUGUCAAACUCCGCCGAUUUCUGUCAGAGGGUCAUCAUAACCGACAGGAGUCGCCACCUUCGGACCCCAGGCAGAGGUCUGCGACGGUGACAGUUAACAGGCGGCAGCAGAUGGACAGUCAGCAGUUAUACUGCCAGACUCAUGUCUCUAGUCAAGCCGCUGAUCCUGAUACAGGCCAACACAAGGAUAAGCUCAAGAAUGCUACUCAGGACCUGUUUGAGCUGCUGGAGAGAGUGCAGAGCAGCCGGCUAGACGACCAGAGAUGCGUCCUGCCCCCGUACUUCACGCAGGCGUCACGUGAUGACAGUCGCCCUGCGGUCUCUGCGACGCCUCCGUCUGGUGGGUCCCAGCGCCUCCUGGAGGAGACGCUACAGAAGUCGGCUCCCUACCCGAUGAUCCUGCUGCCGCCUGGUGGCGGAUACUGGCUGGACGGACAGGACCACGAGUGCCCGUUCGACCCACGGGGAAACCCCAUCCUACCACACACCACAUGGCACGCAAAAUUCGAGACGGACGAUACGGCGAAGUGCUACCGCAGGUUCUUCAUCGGACGGGAACACCUGAAUCUCAUAGGAACAGAUGAAAACUUGGGACCUGUUUGUCUGUCAGUCAAGACAGAGAAUGUGGCAUCACAAGAACAUACCAGAAUAUUGCUGCGGCUCAAGACGGGCACAAUGCAUGAGCUGGUGCCCUCUUCCUGCCUCUCCCCCUCACCAUCACCUGCCAGGAUGGCAAAGCUGUUGAAUGAGCAGCUGAAUGUGGACCAGUUUUUGCCUGUCCUGUGUCCCCGAGCAUCACAGUUGAUUGCAGCCUAUGAUGAGCAUGUCCUGGUUUCCAACUUCAAAUUCGGUGUGUUGUACCAGCGCUUUGGACAGACUACAGAGGAACAGCUAUUUGGCAAUGUUCAGUCCAGUGCAGCUUUGGAUGAAUUCCUGGAACUGCUGGGACAGCGCAUUCAGCUUAAGGACCACAAAGGAUACCGAGGAGGUUUGGACACACAGUUUGGCCACACAGGAGAUGAAGCAGUAUACGAGGUAUUUAAGGACAGGGAAAUAAUAUUCCAUGUUUCCACGCUGCUGCCCUACAGGGACAGUGACCCUCAACAAUUGCAGAGGAAGAGGCAUAUUGGCAAUGACAUUGUGGCAAUAGUGUUCCAAGAAUCAAACACUCCAUUCUCACCUGAUAUGAUUGCAUCGCACUUUCUUCAUGCAUUCAUUGUAGUGCAAGUACUCGAUCCCAACAGCCCUAACACAAGGUACAAAGUCAGCGUGACAGCUCGUGAUGAUGUUCCAUUCUUUGGGCCAACACUCCCAUCCCCGGCCGUUUUCAAGAAGGGCCCAGACUUCAAGGAUUUCUUGCUUACAAAACUGAUUAAUGCUGAGAAUGCUUGUUACAAGGCAGAGAAGUUUGCCAAACUUGAGCUGCGAACACGGACAUCUCUACUGCAGUCUCUGAUAGAUGAGCUACGAGAGAAAUCAAGAGAUUUCCUGGGUGGUGCAGACUCUCCGCAGUCAGCCCCUGAUACACCCAAGUCUGAUGGCAGUAGUGGUGCUGGCAGUCGUUUCAUCGACACAGUCCGUAAGGCCCUUAUAGCACGAGUGCGAAGUACAAGUGUGGACAAUAACCUAGGGAGCAGUACAAGCAGUGGACAGGUCUGCAAGAAGCCCACCUCAGCCCAACAACCUCAACAGCCUGCCAUACCAGAAACAGCUACCCCUUCAAUUAUGUUUCAGAGUGGAAGAUCCUUAUCAAAGGGCAGUGGAGGGGGAAAGAAAAGUGCACCAUCUUCUCCAGUAUCCAGUCCAGACAUGCAGAGCCAUAGAACAGCAAGGCCAGCAUUAUCAGAAAGUGAUGACUCGUCGCUGAACAGUGUGGAUCUGGAUGCUGCGGUGUAUGUGGAUAGUGAUACUGGUCUGGAAAGCAUGUCAAGUGCUGAGACACCUCACAAGGCCUGCAGCCUCUGCCUGGACGCUGGAGAAGCAAGUGGAAGGCAGGCUGAGGCACUGCGGCAAGAGGUGACACGCCUCAAGUGUGACAAACUGGACCUGCUACGUCAGAAUGUGAAUUUUCAACGGGACAUCAAACAGUUGCGAGAAAAGGAGCUACAGUUGCGGUCAGACCUUGCAGCAGCCUCUAAAGAGAUACUGCGUCUACGAGAGCUUCUGAAAGACUACAGCAGUGGGGGUGAAAGUUCCCCAGUGUAGAUCCGUAGCCUCUGUCUCUCCUGAAACACCAGACCAGUUGACUAGAUUAGAGGGUUCCAGUUGAAAGGAGGAGGGGGAGACAUUUAUGUAAUCCUUCUUUUCCUAUAGAAAGAAUGCAGAAGCUGUCACCAUUCUGUAUGGCACAAUUUAGAUUAGAGGCGUUAAUUUCCAGUGGUUUUCAGGUCUUUAAGCCCCUAUGAAAUUUUGUGUCAUUUUUCGCUUUGGAUGUCUUGCCCCCUAUCACAAGUCAGCUGGCACUGUUUUGUGUGUGUGUGUAUGUGUAACAUUUCUUCUUAAGAAAAAUGGCUGGGCAGUUGCUAAGUGUAGCUUUCAACUGCAGAUCAUUGCAAAAACAGAAAUGAGGGUGUAUACGAGAUCUCAUGUCAUAGUUAAAGAUGGAGUAUUUCAGUUUAUGAAAGAAAGCCUCAUCUUGUUUUCACAAUGCUGUUUUGCUGGUUUAUUCUUAAAUGUUUCAACAAUGGUGAGUUAAGAACAAAUGAUCUAUCCUUCCAGCACUUACUUCAGUGGCUAAUAAUAGCUUAUCAUCAUGGUUCACUAGUAACAGCCAAGUUACAUCCUGAGGAAUCAUCAUAUUCACAGGUCAAUCUUCACAGUUUUUUUGUUCAGUUCUGAGUAGAUAGGUGCAGUGUUGUUGGUGCUGUGUUAAAUUAAAGUACAUUAUGUGAUGGUAGAAUAUUCUUGCAAUUUUUGUAAUCAGUUGCUAUUUACAGUUGUAACUUGGUAUGUGCUGUGAAUGGUCGGUUCUUUAAGUAAAAGUAGUUAUCAAAACAGGGGCAGUAAGUAGACUUGUCUUUGAGGUUUCUUGAAUGAGGUUGUCAGUAACUUGGAAUGUAAACAAUAGAGAAGGUUGUUUGAAGUACAAGGUGCAAAUGCAUCUGUCCUUCGUCAACCUUCCUAUUGCUGGGAUUCUUAUUAGGUUGUGCUUUUGCAGGAGUGAACAGUGGUUAGUAUCGCGGUAAGAUUUGAGGUUCUCAGGUUUGUGAUUAUCAAGAUUAACUCUUCUGGGGUGUAACACUCUGUUGUCUGAUAGGCAGGAACCCACUGUGUCUACCACCGGGCAACAGGGCCCUCCAAAGCAUUCAUACCUAUCCAAAAAAUUAAAAAAAGUGUCAAAUCUCAGAAGACUGUAAUCUUGAGUCAAUUUCAACUUGAGAUAAAUCUGUUAAUUUUUGUUUUCCAUAGUUACUUCAAAGUUAACAUAAAAAUUAUGAAAAUUAUUGUAUUUAAUAUUCCUGUUCUAAGAAUCUUACACUGUGAAAAAGGCACAGUAUCACAGGAAGCUAUAAAAUUCAGUUGCAGACUUAGGAUAUAGGAUGUACCUCAAUUUACAAGUCAAAAUAUAUUUGCUAAAUGAUUCAAUUUAUGGAUUUUAGGCUUUCGUAAUGGUUCAUUGUUAUAAUGAUUUUUUUCUUGAGGCUGUGCACCAUGUGGAUGUGGACAGUGUUGAUAUUUUGGUGAUACAUGCUGCCUUCGCUUCAGGGUUGAACUGAGUCGAGUGAGAGGAAGAGAGGGGGAAUGUGUGUGCAUGCAGCUUUUGCCCUUUAAGGGGAAGACUGGGACUAGUCAUCAGACACCAUUUCUUCCCCCCCCCCCUUGGGGGGGCUUGACACUUAGUUCACUUGUUACGGCGACCACUAUUUGGCCUGUUAUACUAGCCCCAGAUUAUAUAUAUAGUACGACGACAACGACGACGACUGUGGAACUGUCGGAAUGAGAGUUGGCAGAGGAAGCUGAAGUAUUCUGAGAAAACCUGCCCCAGUGCCAUUUUGUUCAUCACAAAGCCAACAUUACUUGACCUGGGAUUGAACCUAGGCUGCUGGGGUGGGAAGCUGACAGAUAACCAUCUGAGCUAUGGCAUGGUCAAACACUACCCUUCUCCAGUGGGUCUCAUGGACCAAAACCUGUAUAUACAUGAACACUCACCCACUUUACUUGCUUAACUCUGAAGAUAAAGGCAUGUACCUAUGAAAUGUUGGUAUUACUGCCCAUGUCCACACUGUGCAAAGAUUCAAGAGCAGAAUAAAAUAUUUUAAUUUACUAAUCUUUUUCUUCUUGCAAACACACCGUUUUAAAACCUAACAGAAAACAGUAAUACUUCAGCCUGCACAGAGCUGCAAGUUGCUAUGUCCUGACAGUGAAAGAGUUAAACAUCAAUACUACAUUCCUUCAUUACAUGACAGAUGUUAAAAAAAUGUUGGGGAGGUUGGACGAAAGGUGCGCUGGACUGUAUAAUGCAUUUUUAUAUCUAUUUAAUAGAUGGAAAUUUCUUGAGAUGACUGAUUUGCCCAUGAGAUGGAAAAGAAGUGAGAAGUACUAUGUUUGUCUAGAGAGUCUCCUGUUUACUUUUAUUUUCAGUUUCUUCUUUGCAAAUCUUUUUUUUUAUAGCUCAUUAUUAUAAUACAUUAUGUGAAGUUAAACCAUGUUCAUCAAGUCUUCUCAAAAUGACAUCUCAUUUAUCGUACAAAUAUCAGAGGAUGUUUAAACAAACUGAACAUGUAACAAGAAUGUUUCAUUCUUGUUAUCCAUGAUAUUUUAAGUUUUACUGGUCACAUUGACCAGUUGACACUACAGUUUGACUGCUGCAGACACAUAAUACAGAAUGGACAAAACAUAAGAAACACAACCAUACAAAUAGAUAAUACAAUACAUCCAUGUCUACCAGUGAAUAAAAGAAAACUAUGUACCAAAGCUAACAUUCCUCGAGUCAGCACAAUGUAGAAUUAUGUAAUAAUGAUGAUAAUAUAUAUACAGUCUCGCUUAUCAUGUGUAAAUAAUAGUUUUUUUUUAACUGGAAUGAGAAAUAAGCUCAUUCCUUGGGAAGGUUGACAUUUCAUGUAACGAAUACCAAAAAUUAUAUAAAUAAUCAAAACAGGUAAGGUAAAAUGUUCUCAGAAUAAGGUGACAUGGCGUGAGAAAUCACCAGUAUUUUCUUAAAAACUCCCAUGAAAGGAACAUCACAUAGAAGUUUCAGUCUGGAGAAAUUCAGACAAGAAAUUUGAUAUUAUUUUAAAAUGGCAUGUGUUGUGAUACUCUUUUGUUUCUUAUCUUGUCUUACAUUAGUUUAAGAAAAGUAUACAGAUAUUCAAAAUACCUUUAACUUAUUAUUUUAAUGAACAUUCUGAAAUGUUUCAGGCAUUAGACUGAUUUCCAAAAAAAGACAGUUUGUUGUAGAGCAACAUCCACCACUUUAGGGGCACUGCAUGUUAUACUGACAAAGAAAGUGAAGUGAAAUUUUUUAUAAAUUAUAUAUGGCCAUUGAAUUUAUUUUCUAUUUUCACUAGAUAAUUAAUGUGGCAAAAUUACUCCAAGUUUUCAGGAUCAGAUGAAUAAAAAAUUUGGAAAAUACAAGAACAGUAUAACAGAAUAGGUUAGAUCUUGCAUCUCUUGUUCCCCUACAGGUGUUUGUAUUUCUCCUUAUAGAGAAAACACCAGUGCUUCAGAAAAUAUACUGCACCGUUAUUACAGCUUAUAUAUCUGUAAAUAUGAUUAUACCAUUCAAGAAAUGCAAGAAAAAUAUAAUGACCCUGAUCAGUGAAUAUUUUAGAAAUAGUACAGUAAUUCUAAAUUUUCAAGUAUGUACACUUCCAAUGCAUAUGAUUGGAUAAUUUCAGUUUGAUGAGAAAAACUGGAGAUUGGUUACAACUGUUUUGCUAAGAACAUUAAAGAACUUCUGAGUUUUCUUCUUGUUACCAGCUGUGGUUUCAUGAAGUGUCGUCAUUACCUCUGAGUUGUGUGAUAUAUAAUUAAAGAAAUAUUAUAUUAAAUGUGAAGAAAUGAGCUGUUGAUCUACAAUGAAUAUUUUUGCACUGGCCUUACAGUGACAUUUCUGAACUUGUGAAGGAAGAGAGGCAUCUUCAUAAAAUUAUACCUAAAAACAAAUGAUAGUGUGUGAUAUAUCUAUAUUUAGAGUUCUUCUUCAUUGCCUGUUGGUGUUGUUAAUUUAUGUUCUUAAGUGGAAAUUUGUCAAAUAUCCUGGAGCACAUUAAAUUGCUUUAAGCACGCACUGUCACAUUUUAA